CAUGAGCUUCCUCCAAAGAGGACGAUCUUGACACCGCUGGUACCAGUCUUUGGCGAAUCCACUCAGCUCCACAUCAGCCCAUCUAUUUUCCAGCCCGUGUUGUGCCCGUUUAGCCCCCUCUAUCUGGCCAAACAGAAGAUGCUUAGGCAUACAGUGGCUGGACAUGUCAGCUACAUGACCCAGCUAACGCAGCCUUACCUUCCAGAGGAGCUCACUGAUAGAAUUUGUAAGCUCCUCACGCAAUACAGCUUGGUUAAACGCAGGAUGGAUCAUAGGCAGGCCAGCCUGAAUUUUCUACCUGGCAUAGAUGUUCCAUUAGAGGGAUCCACGUUUCACAAGCAUAGAUAAGGGAGGGCAUGACUAGCCGUCAAGCUUUGUGUAGAGCGAUAGACCAGGACACUUCCACACAACAGUAUGCAGGCAAUGAAAAGAUAAUGCCGCCUAACUGAUUCGGAGUGAGACCUCACCUGUCAAACCAGAGCUAGUCAUAAGCAUACUUCCCAGGUAUGGAAAACUCUCCACUCUCUCCACAACUACUCCAUCACCAGUGGGGAGUUGAUGGGGUGAAUUGUUUGAUGGCACAAAAUACCCAGGCAGAUGCUUAGUUUCGGUGAGGCUGAUGGUAAGACGUCACCUCUUAGUGGCACACUCCAGGUAUAGCAGCAGUGCCUCCAACUCCUCUGAGUGAACAGCAAUUACCCACGACAGCCUGGAACUUAAGAGCUUCCCAUACCUCACCGCCACACUCCCCCACCGCCUUCAUUAUUUUGUUCAAAGAAAGUGCCACUCCUUGUGGUUUGGCAGUUUACUGCCCCGAGUGGAAAACAGUUCACUCAUGAUAACUGGAGCCAGAACCGAUAUACUGGACCUCGUGUAUUCCACAGAGGUCCAGGUGGUACCCGUCCAUAUCCUGCCAAAGGAGUUGCAGCCUCACCUCUGCAAUGAUAAUUUGAACAUUCCACGUGGCCAAUCGCAGCAAUAACCUGUUCCUGGAGGAACCCCAAGAUGGGGGGGGGGGGGGGGGUGGGGUUAAUUCCAUCUCUGCCAAAUGGAGUUUGGCCAGUAGGCGUCAUAAACACUUGUCCUCUGGGGCCUCCAGCAUGAGCUUAUUUCAGUGUUUCCACCGUGGUGCUUGGUAGAACAAGUGCAGCCCCUCGCACACACAUGUCCAUACAAAGACGUACAUACAAGCACAUGCACAAACAUGAGCUAAUUAGCAGAUGAACGUUGUGUCUGUUUCACUCCACAGGAGAUGUGCUGUUCAAGGUGGGGAAGGCAAAAUUGCUUGGCUUCAGACUCUUACACAUCUCAUCCAUGGUGAACGCGAUAAAGACUGGUACUGCUAUACGCGUCACUGUGUACAGGAACUUCAUCCCACUGCUGGGGCAAUGCACCACCAAUACCACUGCUGCUGUUGCUGCUCCGGAUGCUGGCCAUGCGACCAGGGCAACAACGUGCUCGCGGUGCAGGGCGUCCCACUACCCGCUGGGGAAGGUGUCCCCACGGAAACUGUCCAUGCAGACCACUGGACCGUCUGCUCACAGCAAAGUGGUACUUCACGGGAACACCUGUGCAGACCAUAAUAAAAAGGAACAGUUUAAAAAAGACUUACAGGAGGAGCAGCAGCCACAUCAGCAAAAGCAGAAAAACAAGGAACAUGCUACCAUGACAGCCGUGAGCACCACCACCAAUGUCACUGCUGCUGCUCCGGAUAAUGGCCUCACCACCAGAGCAAGCACAUCCCCACAGGCCAGGGAGUCCCAUAACUCGCUGAUGAAGAUGUCCCCUGGGAAAGACUUGCAGGAGCAGCAGCAGCCGCAUCAGCUACAGCAGAAAAAAACAAUUCAGCUUGAAUUCAUGCGCGUUGGUUACGAGCGGACUGUAGAAAUUGUCAUACCAGAGUCCAGGGUGGGGUCGACUCAGGGCACCUGCAAGGGACAGGAGGUGAAAAAGAAGGAAGUCCUCUCAGACAAGGAAGAUGCCACCACAACUGCCGUGAGCACCGCCACCACCACCACCACCAAUGUCACCGCCGCUGCUCGGGAUAAUGACCCCGCCAUCAGAGCAUGCACGUGCCAACAGCCCAGGAAGUUCCACGACUCGCUGAUAAAGAUGUCCCCUGGGAAAGACUUGCAGGAGCAGCAGCAGCCGCAUCAGCUACAGCAGAAAAAAACAAUUCAGCUUGAAUUCAUGCGCGUUGGCUACGAGCGGACUGUGGAAAUUGACAUUCCAGAGUCCAUGGUGGGGUCAACUCAGGGACAGAAGAUGGAAAAGGAGGCGGUCACGGUGCAGUCCCGGAAGAAGGAAGUCCUCUCGGACAAGGAAGAUGCCACCACGACUGCUGUGAGCGCCGCCACCACCACCACCAAUGUCACCGCCGCUGCUCGUGAUAAUGACCCCGCCAUCAGAGCAUGCACGUGCCCACAUCCCAGGGAGUUUCACGACUCGCUGAUAGAGAUGCCCGCUGUGAAGCUGUACGCACCAACCAGCAGGUGGACUCUCCAAAGCCACCUACUGUACAAGAGCAGCCGUGCAGUCCUCGAGCAACAGGAUCUCAAAGAAUAUGCACAGUGGCAAUAUCAGCAGCAGCAGGAGCAUAUUCAGCGCAGCUCUUUGAGACAGGAGCGGGCACAGGAGCGGGCGCAGGAGCGGGCGCAGAAGCGGGCGCAGGAGCGGGCGCAGGAGCGGGCACAGGAGCGGGCGCAGGAGCCGGCGCAGGAGCCGUCGCAGGAGCGGACACAGGAGCCAUCGCAGGAGCCGGCGCAGGAGCCGUCGCAGGAGCGGACACAGGAGCGGGCGCAGGAGCCGGCGCAGGAGCCGGCGCAGGAGCGGGCACAGGAGCCGAUCGCCGCCAAGAUCCACAAGAAGAGAGGCCUCUGGAAGCGACUUAGGACAUUCUUCUGCUGUUGAAUAUAAUUUUUUACAGAGACCUGUUCGCAUCUGAAAUGGAUGUGGAUACAGCCACAUUUGUCGAUGUGAUUUGUAAAUAUUUUUCAUAAUGUAUCAAGAGUUAAGAUUAUAAUGUCCUUUUUUUAUUGAGGUACUGUUUGUUGCGAAUGUAAAUAAAUAUUCUGAUUCUGACUUA